GCUUUCUCUCUCUUCCUCUCUCUCCUCCCGUAAAUGAACAUGUUCACUCUCUCUCCCUCUUCACUCUUCCAUUGAUGACAACAAACCCCUUCGCCUGGAAGCCCAACCGACGGAGACGACGCACCGGCCAAGGCUAGUCCCCUCCCCCUUGUUUCCUCCCUUUUCCUCCUCUGACUCUCCAUCCAUGGAGGUUUUGGUGGGUCCCACUUUCACCAUCGACGUUUCCUCCUCCUCCUCCUCCUCCUCCUCACCUCCCCCGCCAUCGUACCCAAGAGACCACCGCCCCGUUCCCGACUCCGAUGACCAUACUGUUCCUUCUUGCCUGUUGGGGCGUCCCGCCUCCUUGGACGCGGACUCCUCCGAGAGCUCGUCAUCCAUCGGAACCCCCGACGACAGCGACAACGAUCUGUUGUUCAACAAGGACGGCGAUGCCCAAGAAGACGGGGAGGAGGUGCAGAGCAAGUUCCAUGGGCUGGCAUCUCUGGAUGCGUUAGAAGACUCGCUUCCUGUCAAGAGGGGAUUAUCCGGCCAUUUCGAUGGUAAAUCGAAGUCAUUCUCGGAUUUAUCUCAAAUCACCACCGUCAAAGACUUGAAGAAGCAGGAGAAUCCCUUCAACAAGAGAAGGCGGCUUCUGAUUGCGUCCAAGCUGUCCAGAAAAUCAGCUUUCUACAGCUGGUCCAACCCAAAAUCCAUGCCCCUCCUGCCCGUGGACGAAGACGAAGACGACGAUGGUUACGAAGAGGAAAAGGUCGGACAAGUCCCAUCCCCAUCGUCCUCAUCACCACGCGAGAACAAACAGGAAAACCCGGUUCAGCUUCGACAGAGCAGAGUCCCUGAAUCUUAUGCCGCUAGGAUGAGGCUCAGACUGGGAAGCAUGAAGGCCAGGAGUUUUUCUCUGGCAGAUCUGCAGGAACACGACGAAGAAGAAGAAGAAGAUGAUGACGAGGAUAAUGAGGGCUAUGAUCAAUUUUAACAUUUCACCCUAAAAUUUUUCUUUGGUAUUCUUUUGUUGUUGCUGGUGGCGAUGAUCAUGUUGUUACUAAAUAAAACUUACAGGAUAAAAGCGUGAAAUAUAUAUUAAAAAUCUUAUCUUGCU